AUGGCGCUGCCCGUGCUGCCGGCCUUCCCGCCGCAUUCCCACAUUCUUGCGGCGCUGCCGGCGUUCCUGCGGUGCGCCCCUGUCCUCACACCUUGGUUUAAGAGCCGGCUGGAGGAGGAGGAGGGCAAGAGGCAGGAGGACUGGGAGCGGGAUGAGCCCCGGGAGCCGACGUCUGCGUCGCAGUUCGCGCUGAAGUUCCUGGACCCCUCGUUCGUCCCCAUCACCAACUCCCUGAGCCAGGACCUGCAGGAGAAGCCCUCCAGGUGGGCCUUCAACCGGACGGCGUUCGCACAGCAGAGGCAAGAAAUCCUUCAGCAUGUCGACGUAAUAAAAAAUUUUUCUUUGACCAAGAAUAGUGUUCGGAUCGGACAGCUGAUGCAUUACGAUUAUUCCAGCCAUAAGUAUGUUUUCUCCAUUAGCAAUAACUUCAGAUCGCUGCUUCCCGACGUGUCGCCGAUCCUGAACAAGCAUUACAACAUUUGCGCCGUGGUUGGAAACAGCGGGAUCCUGACCGGGAGUCAGUGCGGGCAAGAAAUAGAUAAAUCUGAUUUUGUUUUUCGCUGCAAUUUUGCUCCAACUGAGGCUUUCCAAAAAGAUGUUGGAAGGAAAACCAACCUUACAACCUUCAACCCCAGCAUCCUGGAAAAGUAUUACAACAACCUUUUGACCAUUCAGGAUCGCAACAACUUCUUUUUAAGUUUGAAAAAGCUCGAUGGGGCCAUUCUUUGGAUCCCUGCUUUUUUCUUCCACACCUCAGCAACAGUCACGAGAACACUGGUUGACUUCUUUGUUGAGCACAGAGGGCAACUAAAGGUCCAGUUGGCUUGGCCAGGAAAUAUAAUGCAGCACGUUAACAGGUACUGGAAGAACAAACACUUGUCACCCAAGCGGCUGAGCACAGGUAUUCUCAUGUAUACCCUUGCUUCUGCCAUAUGUGAAGAGAUCCACUUGUACGGAUUCUGGCCCUUUGGGUUCGACCCCAACACGAGGGAGGACCUCCCGUACCACUACUAUGAUAAGAAGGGAACAAAGUUCACGACCAAGUGGCAGGAGUCCCACCAGCUGCCUGCAGAGUUCCAGCUGCUCUACAGGAUGCACGGUGAAGGACUGGCCAAACUCACCUUGUCGCAUUGUGCCUAA